UUUUCGACACGACAGAGAGACAGAAUAGAAAAAUGAAAUACAGGUCGAGUCUUUUCCUCAACAUCAACAGCUAGAGAGAGAAAGUAUUGGGGUGGGAUCUGGACUCCGAUCGUCUCAAAUUUCCAAUCUCUCCCUCCGCCACCGCCACCGCCACCCACCACUUCUCCUCCCCCUCCCUCCCACCCACCGACACACCACCAAUUUCCCAAUUCAUCCCCAAUCAUGUCCCUCAAUAUGAAAACCUUAACACAGGCCUUAGCCAAGGCCUCCGCCAAGGCCUCCGCUGUCAUCGAGAAGACUGUACAAACUACCGUCCAAGAAGUAACCGGUCUACCUAGAGCCAUGCAGGAUUACGAACUUAUCGAUCAGAUCGCCUCCGCAGGCCCUGGCCUCGCCUGGAAAUUGUACUCAGCUAAGUCUCGUGACACCCACGUGCCUGCUGUCUACCCUAUCGUCUGCGUUUGGGUGUUGGAUAAGAAGGCACUGUCGGAGGCCCGGCAGAGGGCUGGUCUCUCCAAAGCCGCCGAAGAUGCGUUUUUGGAUGUGAUUCGGGCAGAUGCGGCUCGACUCGUCCGCCUGAGGCACCCUGGGGUGGUUCACGUGGUCCAGGCGCUGGAUGAGAGUAAGAAUGCCAUGGCUAUGGUCACCGAGCCGCUGUUUGCAUCGGUGGCAAAUACACUUGGGAAUGUGGAGAAUAUUUCCAAGGUCCCUAAGGAGCUCAAAGGAAUGGAUAUGGGAUUAUUGGAGGUUAAGCAUGGUCUGCUCCAAAUUGCAGAGACGUUGGACUUCCUUCAUAAUAAUGCACGCCUUAUCCACAGGGCCAUAGCACCAGAGAGUGUCCUCAUUACUUCCAAUGGAGCUUGGAAGCUCAGUGGUUUUGGUUUUGCAAUUUCAACAGAUCAAUCUUCCAACGAUUCUGCCAGCAUGCAGGCUUUCCACUAUGCUGAAUACGAUGUAGAAGAUUCUAUCCUGCCCUUGCAGCCAUCAAUAAACUACACUGCUCCCGAGUUGGUACGAAGUAAAACGUCUUCGGUUGGGCCUGCCUCCGAUGUUUUCAGCUUGGCAUGCCUUGCCUACCACUUGAUAGCUCGGAAGCCUUUAUUUGAUUGUCACAACAAUGUGAAGAUGUAUAUGAACAGUCUGACUUACCUAACCAAUGAGGCAUUUUCUGCCAUUCCAAGGGAGCUAAUACCAGAUUUACAGAGAAUGUUGUCUGCAAAUGAAGCUCUGAGACAAACAGCAAUUGAUUUUACAGGUUCAUCUUUUUUCCGAGAGGAUACUAGGUUGCGUGCUCUUCGCUUUCUGGAUCACAUGCUUGAGAGAGAUAACAUGCAAAAAUCUGAAUUUCUAAAAGCAUUAUCGGACAUGUGGAAAGAUUUUGAUCCCCGUGUUUUGCGGUUUAAGGUUCUUCCCCCACUUUGUGCAGAGCUCCGAAAUUUGGUAAUGCAACCUAUCAUUCUGCCUAUGGUUCUGACAAUAGCAGAAUCCCAGGACAAAAGUGAUUUUGAGCUAUCAACCCUGCCAGCUCUUGUUCCUGUCUUGAAUUCGGCUGCAGGUGAGACAUUAUUGCUACUUGUGAAGCAUGCAGAGCUUAUAAUCAACAAGGCUAGUCAGGAGCACCUUAUUUCGCAUGUUCUUCCCAUUCUUGUUCGAGCUUAUGAUGAUACUGAUGCUCGUUUGCAAGAGGAAGUUCUCAAGCAGACUAUUCUGCUUGCUAGACAACUGGAUAAACAGCUAGUCAAGCAAAUUGUUCUGCCUCGAGUUCAUGGAUUGGCACUUAAAACAACUGUUGCUGCGGUUAGGGUGAAUGCUCUCUUAUGUUUUAGCGAGAUGGUUCACAUACUAGAUAAGAGUGCUGUUUUAGAUAUCUUGCAAACAAUCCAACGCUGUACUGCUGUUGAUCAUUCUGCUCCAACUCUUAUGUGUACCCUUGGGGUGGCAAAUUCAAUUUUGAAGCAGUUUGGCAUUGAAUUUGUAGUGGAGCAUGUUCUUCCACUACUCUUACCUCUUCUCAUUACCCAACAAUUAAAUGUUCAGCAGUUUGCGAAGUAUAUGCUUUUCAUCAAGGAUGUGUUAAGGAAAAUAGAAGAAAAAAGAGGAGUAACUUUGACCGAAUCCGGAAUUCCUGAGGUAAAACCAUUGCAAGUAGCCGAUGGAUACACAUUAGGACAAAUAAAUAAAGCUGCUUCCGCAGCCCCAUCGAUUACAAAGCGCAGUUCAUCAUGGGAUGAAGACUGGAUACCUGCAAGGCCAGCUUCAACGGUCCCCCCGUCUUUGGCUGCAAUAUCAGCCGCUCAACCUGCAGUACCAAGUCAGCCUGCUCAGGGCAUCUCCACAUAUUCCAUGUCCUCAACAGCAUCAGUUGCCUCCACUGAACAAUUACCUUCCUCAUGUCCUGCAGUUGAUGUUGAAUGGCCCCCUCGGUCUUCAUCAGGUGUUGCAACUCAAUUUGGUGACUUCAAAAAUCUAAAUGGAAACAAAGGCACAUCAGAGUCAAGCUUAGAUGAUAUCGAUCCUUUUGCUAACUGGCCACCGCGGCGAAGUGGUGCCCCAAGUGUUUCAACCUCUCUCAACAAUGGCACCACAGCAUCAUCAGCUAAAAAGAAUGGGAACAUCAAUAUGGGAACUUCCCCCAAUGGUUUGAGCUUUCAAUCUGAAUCGUGGGCCUUUGGCAUGCAAGCUACUGGUGAAUCCAUGAGUCAGAAUCAAGGAAUCAGUUCAUUACCAAAUGUUGGUAGUAGCAGUGGUGGACUCAGUUCACAAAAUUCUCUUGGGUAUUUGAAGCAAAAUCUUGGCACUUCAGCUCUUGGUUCUUCCAUCGAAAAGGCAGCAGAUUUGGAGUCCAUCUUUGCUCCUAACAAGAAUGAGCAUGCUGCACCAAGGCUCGCUCCACCUCCGACAAAUGCUGUUGGUAGAGUUAGAGCACGAGGGAGGGGAAGUCAAGGGCAAACUGGGCCUAGUUCUCCAUCCUACUCUGGCCGCAUGAAAUCUCAAACUCAGCAAACCCCUAUACUGGACUUGCUGUAGUUGCUGAGGAGACUAUUAUUCCAUGUUUUUUCUCUACAAUUUGUGUUGAAGGUACAGAUGGACGUCUGUAGGAUACUCAUUUUAAUGUCCUCAUCUGCUGUGGAUGGAGAAAGUGCCCAUUUGAGUGCUUGAUACAGAUUGUCCUCCAAAUUGUGAGGUUCAUUGUUGCAUAGGAUGUAAUUUUGCUUGUAGCAUAAUGCGGUAUAGACUUCUUGUUAGCAAAUAUUUUGUUCUCUCUUAAAUCUGUUUUUGAGCAUUCUUUGUAUUCUUAACAGGCUGCACCCAUUAACGGGAGCUGAGAAAAAAAUAAAUAGAGGUGAUAUUUUUGUGUUCCAAUCA